AUGGGAGCUACGACGCUACAAGAAAGGCUCUUUGAGAAAACUCCAUGCUGCAAUCAUUCACACAGACAGAUUGAGGAGGAUGAACCAGAAGAGGAGGAAUACGAAUCAAAGCAUUCGUUAUUCAAGGAUAAAGAGCAUCUUGAAUCCUUCAAUGCUGAUGGCUCCAAAAAGGAUUUGUGGGACAUGUUUAUCACACCAGCAUCAAUCACAACGAUGGAGACAAAGUUUGGUGUCAUGCCCAACGUUGCCGAAUUCUACUGCACAAUAACCUCCAUCUUCUUCUGUGCCCCAUUGCUGAUCUACAACGAUAUACCAUACGAACUAGUCCCACCCCUCCAACGAGCAUGUAUAGCACUCGCAUGCAUCACAGCAGUAGCCUCAUUUGCCUACCACAUGACAAUAUGGAAGGUCCUCUCAUCAGCAGACUCGGGACUAGCUGUAGCAACCAUGUUCCUAAACGCCCACUCACUAAACUCAUCACUGGCACCACCGUCAUCGUGGCUACACAAUGAUUUGAGCUGGCAGGUUCCUCUUACUGCAAUCAUCUUGCUGUUUAUAUGGCAUUGGGAACGGACUGCUAUAUUGGCCGUGAAAAUGAUACUUGUUAUCUUCCCGUGGUCUGUUUAUGGAUAUAUUAGAGGGGGAGCCUGGACUGGCAUGAUAUUAGGAGUUGCCGGGUUGGCUUGCUUUGCUGUAGAUCGUAAAGGCUGGUUUCCUGGACACACGUGGUGGCAUAUUGGAGGCGGGCUCUCGCUGUACUAUGCAAUUCAUGCCGCCACUCAAAAGACAUUGUUGACAUACACGUAG